AUGGUGGCAUCGCACGUGAGAAGUAGACAGCUGAUUGCUGGCCCUGUAAGCUUGCUCGAUACCCGACCCGUAAACCCCUAUAAAUAUGCAGGUCGAGCGUCGAGUUUGGAUGCUGAGCAAGUGAGCGAAAAUAAUCUGGGGAAGUUGAGACUUAUCGUUGAUCUCAGCACGCCAGACUUCCAGCUGCAAGUGAACUAA